AUGGCGGUUUCCGUACAAUUGACGGCAGCUGUAUCUUGUCGGUAUUUAGAAGAUGUGAAUUUUGACGAAAAAAAGUCGGUCGGUAGAUCUAUAGCAGAAUACAAUGACUCCUCCCUGUCCUUCUGUUCUGCUAUGUGUGACGUCACUUGUGGCUGCUUUGGGUUUAACUUGAAAGAAAAGAAAUGCCAAAUUCACCAUUCGUUUGACCAGUCAAACAUAACAGUAGCAGAAGCCGGAUGGAAACAUUUCUUUCCAGAAGCUCCUCAAAUGGACAAAGAUGGCAGAACUUUUCCUUUGGACUGCCGAGAUAUUUUUGUUAAUGGACAGACACGGUCUGGUGUAUACCAAAUGUAUCCUUUUAAGAAUGACAAGUCACGUGUUGUUAACGUGUCGUGUAAUAUGGAGAACUGUGGCAGAUGGUGGACGGUAAUCCAGAAACGGAGAGGUGGAUCUGUCAACUUUAACAGAUUCUGGGAUGAGUACAAAAACGGUUUCGGGAAUCUGGAAGACUCCUUUUGGAUUGGUAAUGAGGUGAUUCAUCAGCUCACCAAGGGAAGAAACUCGUCUCUCUACGUCUCUAUCACUUUACGAGAUGGCAGAAUGUUAUAUGAAUAUUACGAUCAGUUCUCUGUUUCUGAUGAGGCAGACAACUACAGACUCUUUCUUGGAGGACCAGCUGCCGGAACAUUAGGUGACAGUAUGUCAGGGCAUUCUGGGAUGUACUUCAGUACACCGGACAGAGACCAGGACAUAUAUAGCUCUAACUGUGCAGCUAAUUAUAACGGGGGCUGGUGGUUUAAAGCCUGUCAAAAAAGCUUCCUCAACGAUCCCUGGUCUCCGGGAUUCUGGCUCAAUCCUUGGAAACCUACAAUCAAGAAGGGUAAAGAUAUAAUUGAGACCCUCAUGAUGAUAAAGCCUCACUAA